AUGAAAUCGCUGGGAAUUUUUAAUGUUUAUCUUCUCUUUCUGCUUUUAAAGGUGCUUGAUAUCUACCUGCAUUACGAGGAGGACCAAGGUGUAGAAGCAUCUCUAGGUACUGGGGACGAAACCAGCUCGAUCAUGAGUUCGUCUUCUGGUCGUCGAAUGAAUCAACAAGACCUCGCCAAUUCCACAUCACACUCCAAUUCUUUGGCUCACCUCUCUGCCGAAAAAGAGGGUAAAGUAACUGUGGCCGUUCGGACGGGCGUCCGUCAGUGGACUCCAGGCUAUCAGCCCUCCCUUAUCUGCCGACUUGUUUCGCCAAGUUUGGCCAGUUCGCCUACUGACGUUGGAGACGCCCCUUAUCCUCCUACCAACCUCUCCCCCAUCUCCACAAUCGCCCUUACCUCUGCUACAAACUUGUAA